CUCCACAUAAACACAAACACAUCAACCUUAAACAAAUUUACAGUUUUUUUUCUUACAUCUUGGUGUGUUCUUGUUCUAACUAAUGGGAGGCAACAGCAGAAAGAAGUUCUCUCUCUUCAGCUUCUUUAAAUCACGAAGGUCAUCUCAUAUGAUUGAAACAGACGCAUGGGACGACGGCGUAUACACAAGAAAGGCAUGGGCCAGCGACGAGGACAAGCGAUAUUGGGUGGCUGAGCCAGGUAUUGACCGUAAGGCUUCUGCCUUUAUCGCCAAGUUCCAUGCCUCUCGUGUUUCUGAGUCCGAGUGCCAAACUCUCCCUCCUUGCCACUCUCAUCAUAACUAGCCAUCAUCACAAUCAUCAUCAUGAUGAUGAUAAAUGAAAGAAUGCUAAUAGCUAGCUUAUUUAGUUUGGUUCUAUGUAUAUUCUCUUUUAUUUGAUGUUCAUGAUGAUGUCCUUACGAUGAUUUGUUUAUAAAAUGUGUUAUAUGCAGUUUAAGUUAA